CAGUGCCAGAUGAGAGUUUACGGGCUUCUUGAUGAUCAUCAAGUUUUCUUCGGGUUCCGUCGACUUCCCUCAUCGUCGCACUCGAGAGCUCGUCAGGUGAGGAGUGAGAAUUCAACAGUAGUUGUAUAAUGGUGAGUCUGAUUCGCUGAAAGGCGAGUCGGCUUGCUGUUGCUCACGUUUCUCAUGUGUUUUGCCAGCGUCGAGCUCUGUCUCGGGGUUCCGGUGUUGGUGAGACUUCUGUGCGUGUGUGCUCUCGACUGCAUUGCCGUUCAAACGUUGUGCACGUUUCGAAUGGGAAGGCGUUUUCGAGAGUUAUCAGGGACCAAGAAAUGUCGUAAGGUGUUUCGAAGAACCUAUCAACAGGGUAGGAAGGUUUAAUCGCCUUCUUAUUGCUUGAAACCUGUCGUUUUAGCUCGUCUAAAAUGUUACUUUCAAGCUGUGAGAGUCGAAGCCCAUCAGCUGAGACACUUACCUGAUUGAUUUUGUCAGCGCUAUAUGCUCAAGUAAAAGAUUAGGCCAUGCAUGUUGGUUGGUCGUAAGAGAAACUGCGAACGGCUCAUUAGAUUUAGGGAAAUUGCAUGUGUUCGCGGCCGUUCUCAUUGCUCAUCUGGCACACAUUUCGAAAACUUAUUUUUUUUUUCAGACAUCAAUGCCUGAAGAGACCGCCAGCUACUAUAUUGAAAAAUGCCGUGCCCUGGACCUGCUCGUGGAAGAACUUUGGUUGGACGAGAUGGAUUGCCACGCCGACCUAGAGGAAGCCAAGCGAGUUUUUGAGGACGAACCGAUUCUUCGUCACAAGCUCGAGAAAGAGCGUCUGGAACAACUUCUGGCGGAUAUCCAGGCCGAAUAUGAAGUCAAAAUCGAUGAAAGUGAGGCGAUGCGCAUAAAGUACAAGUUGUACAAAGAACGCUUAGCCGCCGAGGAAAUCGUGAGUUUUUUUUCAUCUAACUAUAUGAACACUCUUGUUUUAGGAAACCGAAGAUGACGGCUCUGAAGCCGACGCUGGCGAGGACACUUCGAGCGAUGAAGCCUCGAGCUGCGACGAUAUUAUCUCGACAACUUUGACGCCUGAUGAUUUUUAUGUUUUCCGAUUUUCUCUCCAUGAAUGGUAUCAUUCUAGAAUGUUCGUCGUCGCCCAGAUCGGUCUCUUCGUGUUUGGAUUUAUUUCUUUUUUACUUGUACCAUGUUUUUCUUUAAAAAAACAUAGUCUUAUUCAAAGAGCGAAGUCUAUUGAAUGCGAGGAUAGUCGACGAAGGCCACGACCAGGAAUAGGUGGUACUCCGGAUGCCUUUCCACGACUUUAG